AUGGAAUCACCAUUUAUUUUAUCGUCUUGGUUAUCGACGAAAAUUACUGGCUUGAAUUGGUCAGGAAAGUGGAACAAAAGCGUUGCUGAUGGUCGUGCUAUCCUUACUACACUUCAAGUCUCUGGUCUUUUACGAGAAGGACAAUAUAUCAUGUAUUGUAAGACUUCUUCAUUCGUUAAACUGACUCCAGCAGAGAUCCAAGAAGAUCCGGACAAACUCACCAAUCUUCAAUCUUUCGGAAUUACCAUCGAUGAAUAUGCAACAGCCUAUAGCAAAAUGGUACUUCCAUCUCGUACAAAACUUAGUUCCGAAGGCAUCGCAUAUAUUUGUCCAUCGAAGAACUUUGUUCCUUAUUAUCAUCUCUAUCAUCAAAAAGAAAUAAUCAACAAAUUUGAUAAAUUAAUUGAAGAUGGUAAAAUAAAAUCAAUGAAUGGUGAUGAUGGUAUUACUCGCUAUGUCAUAUCGGAUCUAGUUGAUAAUCGUGAGUUUUCAUUCUAA